GAGGCAGGGUGCGGUGGCAGCGGGCGGUGAGAGGUGAGCGUCGGACGUGUGAAGAGUGAACGCAGGACGUGUGAGAAGGGAACAUAGAACGUGUGAGAAGGGAACAUCGGGCGUGUGUGAGACACAGGCGGGUGACGAGGCGCCACCAUGGUGCCACCACGCGGACUGCCGCUGACCUGCGCGGUACUGCUGGCGGCUGCGGUGGCGGCACGGGCGGCGCGUCCCAAACCGGAGCCGUAUCUGGACUGGCUGACUCUGCACCGGACCGACCCCAGCGAGCCCGAGCGGCGCAUCCUGGUGACGGUGGUGCCCGACCCGCAACACGACUACGUGCGUCACCCGGUGCCCGGCUCGCCGUGGUCGCCGGCGCCGAUCGGCACCGGGCCGCCGCUGCAGCCUGAGGAGCCGACUGAGAGCGAGCCGUCCGACCAGCCGGUCCCGCAGCUGCUCUCCACGCAGCGGCCGCCGCGGCCGGACUCGGAACUGCGCCAGCAGACACCGGCGCUGGGGCCGGACGGCGACCCCCGCCAGCAGACACCGGCACUACAGCCGGACUCUGAUCCGCUCCCACAGACCCCGGCGCUGGGCCAGGACUCUGGACUUCGCCAGCAGACACCGGCACUACAGCCGGACUCUGAUCCGCUCCAGCAGACCUCAGCACUGCAGCCGGCCGACGAGACCAGUCAGCCGCCGUGGACGCGGGACCUGCCAGCCGAGUGGACCGACCGCUACCCGGUGGCCAGCGCCUACAUGGACAGCUACCAGAGCUACACCUCGGAGCCGAGCCGGUCCCUGUCGCAGACGGAGGGCCCGGCGGGAGGGCCUCAGCUAUAUUCAGCAGAGGAGUGGCAGGACGGCAGCGCGUCCAACUGGCUCACCCACCAUCUACCCGUGUCCCGGCCGGUCGUAACUGCCGAUACAGAUUCCCACCAGAUAUCCUCCAGCGAGCAACAUCAGUCUACAGGACAGUCUCUAACCGACCAGCAACCCCCACCGCAGCACCCCUGGUCACAGCACAUGCCGCCUGCCUGGCUUCAGACCCCACUCUUCGAUUCUGAAGUCGAAUGGCCCAUCGAGGCCGACAGAUUUGAGCCGGACGAUCUCGAACAGCUGGCUGAGCGGCUUCAGGAGAUACAGACGCAGGAGCAGGAGAAGGAACAGGAAAAGGAGGGAUGGCCAGAGGAGCAACAGAAGUCGCAUUACGACCAACAGGAGCGCAAACAACCGGAACAGCAACAGAAGGGGCAGCGAGAGGAACUUCGGGAUGAAGACAAAAAACAACACGCAGAUGGUGUAGAAGAUAGCACACACUACGAUUGGUAUAUCGAUGAAGAUAAGGAAGAAACUGAAUAUCAAAACAUGAAAUAUGCGGAAGAAGAACAAGAAGAGGAUGAACAAACAUCCGACGCGAGCCAUUCCUACAAAACACAAGAACAGGACUAUCAAGAAGAAAUGCGACAGGACGAACAGACAAGCGCGUCAGAUGACCAGCAUGAUCAGAUAAGUGAACUAGAAAAUGGACAAAUCGAGGAGCAGCCAGAUGAGGAACAACUCAAUGAAGCACAGGAAGGUCAGGAUGCCGAGAUGCCGUACCACCCGCCUCCGCCACCGCCACCACCAAUGUCCCCAGCGCCGGUGUGGCUGCAGCAGUCUGGAAUAACGUCCCACGAUCUCCUGCUGGAAGGUGAGCGUUAUCCAGAGCCGGCCAUGAUCAGCGCUCCACAGCCAAUCAGUUAUCUACAGACAACCGUGUCAAGCAUUCCAGAGACAACCACACCAAUGAAAUCAGAGCCAGACAAUUCUCCAGAGGUGACAACAACAUUCAGGUCAAAGACAACUAUACCUAACAGUUCGGACACAAUCACUUUUCAAGAGCCAGCCAUACCAGAUAAUCUGGAAACAACUACAGCUAGCAGUUUAGAGUCAAUCAGUUCCCAGGAUCCAACCACGUCCACCAGUCCGAAGCCAGCUGUAAAGCCGAAGCCAGCUGCGCCCCGCAGUGAGGACACAGCCGCGAUGGGAAGCCCGGAAACAAUCACGCCCACCGGCCCAAAGGCCACUGUGCUAGGAAGCCCGGAGCCAACCGUUCCCACCAGUCCACAGCAAACUCUUAUCAGCACUCCAGAGCCAACCAUAGCCACCAGCCAGGAGCCAGCCGCACCAAGCAGUUCAAACCCUACAGCUACCAGCGCUCACAAGUCAAAUUCUACCAAUGAUCUGGAGUCAAACCCCACAAGCAUCACGGAGUUACUCGCCACCAGCAGCACAGAGUCAACCGCCGCCAGUGAUACGAAGUCAAGCCUCAACAGCAGCUCAGAGUCCAAUUCUACCAGCACCCCGGAGUCCCCCGCGCCCAGUCCAACCCGCCGCCCGGGCAGCCGGCCCGGGUCGCUGCUGUCGCGCCUGGUGGGUCCGCUGCUCACCUGGCAGGACCGGCCGUCCGGCCAGCGGCUGCUGAGGUACCUGGCCAACCCACUCAGCUCCGAGCACUGGACCAGCCAGCGCCGGCGCCGCAGCAGUGAUCCCCUCGGGAAGCACAGCCCAGAUGCUCCGUCGCAGGACGAAGCCAGCACUAAAUAUGCGAGGGAUAGCAUCGAUGACCUCGGACAACCUGACGUCAUAGCUGGGCAAUAUGACGUCACGGCUGAGUUGUCUGCCAUCGAACACGUGUCUGACAUCACUCAGGCAAUGAUGAUCUCCACUGAACCAUCGACAGCCGAGACAAGCACUACUGAGGCAUCGCCAGCUGAGAUAAGCUCUACUGAGCCAUUCCUUGCGCCUACCAGCUCCACUGAGCCAUCUAUUGCUCCCACCACCUCUCCUGAGCCAUCCAUAGCUCCCACCGCCACUACUGAGCCAUUCAUAGCUUCCACCGAGCCCUCCCUGGCUCCCACUCAGCCAUCCUUCGCUCCCACCGCCACCACUGAGCCCUCGUUAGCUCCCACUGAGCCAUCACUGGCUCCCACCAUCUCUACUGAGUCAUCCCUGGCACCAACUACUCCCACUGAGCCCUCCCCGGAUCCCACUGAGCCUUCUAUGGCUCCCACUGAGCCUUCUAUGGCUCCCACUGAGCCUUCUAUGGCUCCCACUGAGCCUUCUCUAGCUCCCACUGAGCCAUCCCUAGCUCCCAUUGCGCCCUCCCUGGCUCCCACCGCCUCCACUGAGACACCCCCGGCUCCUACUGAACCAUCUCUGGCUCUCACCGAGCCCUCCCUGGCUCCCAUCGAGCCAUCCAUAGCUCCUACUGCGCCCUCCUUGGCUCCCACCGAGCCAUCCAUAGCUCCCACCGAGCCCUCCCUGGCUAUCACCUCCUCUACUGAGCCACCCCUGGCUCCCACCGAGCCACCCUCCCUGGCUCCUAGUGAGCCCACCCUGGCUCCCACCGAGCCACCCCCAGCUCCCACCGCCUCCACUGACCCCGACUCGCUACAGUCGGAGGUGGUGGAGGCGUCCGGACCGGGCGGCCCACCUCCCCCGGCCCGCUGCGGCGUCACCUCUGACCAGCCGACUCGGAUAGUCGGCGGCGCGCCGGCCGCCCCCGACCGCUGGCCCUGGAUGGCCGCCCUGCUAGUGCGCGUACCCUGGUACGGCUCAUGGGUCAACUGCGGAGGGGCGCUCAUCAGCGGACGGCACGUGCUCACCGCCGCGCACUGUCUGUACAGCAUCACCCGCCCGUCGUCUCUGCGUUCCCUGGUGGUUCGUCUGGGAGAGUACCGUCUCUACACGGCCGCGGACGGGCCCCACCUGGACCUCACACCCGUCUCCAUCACCAUCCACCCGGCCUACGAGCACUACAGCCAGCGCUUCGACUUUGGCAUCGUGACGCUGCCGUACGACGUCACGGUGCACACAGCGGCGAACAGCGGUCUGGCGGAGGACCUGCUGCCCAUCUGCCUGCCGACGGCAGACGGAGAGUUCGUCGGACAGAACGGCACCAUUCUAGGCUGGGGUAACCUAUACGAGUCUGGCUACCAGAGCUCAAUCCUACACGAGGUGACGGUGCCCAUCUGGAACCAGACCGCCUGUCAGCACGCCUAUAGGGAGGACUCAUGGGGAGUCGGACCGGACGCCUUCUGCGCCGGACUACCCCACGGAGGCAAGGACUCGUGCCAGGGAGACAGCGGCGGUCCGCUGAUGGUCCGCGCUGGUCCGGACCAGCUGUGGACCGUGGCCGGUCUGGUCAGCUGGGGAGAAGGCUGCGCCCGGCCAGAGUUCCCCGGAGUCUACUCGAACGUGGCCGCCGCCCGUGACUGGAUCGACUCGGUGCUGGAGCACCACGAGUGAGCGCGACUCGUAAAGGUCUCGUGACGGUCGCCGUGACUCGUGAAGGCGGUUGUGACUCGCGAUGGCGGUCGCUACUCGUGAUGCGGUAGUUACUCGUGAACCACGGUCGUAGCUCGGACACUCGUGCGAUGGUUGUCGUUAUCGGAGAUUCAUGAGUCGUGGCAGCUUCUGGUGUAUAGGACGGCAGCAAUUCUCUCUAUCGGUCUCUCAACAGUCGUUUAUAACUUUAUAAGCCGGGCACGGUAUCCACCAGGGCAUCAUACCACACACGGUGGAUAACGGGGGGAUAAGUGGGAGUGCUGGGACCGAGUGGCGGCCGAGUCUGCUCACCUGUCGUCGCCGGUAAUCUCCAGCAGGUGGAGGGUGGACGAGGUGACCACCAGGACACACUCCUGCUGCUGGUACUGGGGCUCCAGCGCGCACGUCACCUGCCAAACGGGAGAGAAGCAGUGUAACAGUCAGAGGUGUUCACUCGUGGGCAUACAAAUAAAUGGAAACCUGCA